AUGACAGACUACCAAAUAGCCAAGAAUCUGGGGUUUAUGUUUGAGAAUGCCACCCGGACAUGGGGGAAAUUUGAUCCAAAGAACGUGACAUUACCACCAUCAAUCACCUCAUUUAUAAAUUCCAACUAUUACAAUGUGGAAACUGAAUUCAGCAUGAAGGAGAUUAUCAAAGGUUUAGAAUCGGGGAACGAUUCGGAGAAAUAUGCAAUAUUAAAGCAUUUGGUCCAUAAGAUAGAUAAGGGUGAUGAGGAUGACAGUGGCAAUGGGAGCGUUGAGAAUGAGAUCAUUUCUAUAUUCCCCAAUAUUAUUAACAAUAUAAACACCGAAAACCUGAAGAUUAAGAGGUUGGUUUAUAUGAUCCUAUUGAAAUAUAACCACUUACAGCCCGAUGUCUCACUACUAUCCAUCAAUGCAAUUCAGAAAUCUCUUAAUGACCAGAACUGUAUAAAUAGGUCGCUGGCUAUCAGAUGCUUAAGUGGUAUCAAGAUACCAGCAAUUCUUCCGAUACUGCUGUUAUCAUUAGGUAAGAUGGUCAAAGAUUCGUCUCCACUGGUAAGAAGUUCAUGUGCUGUAUCUAUACUAAAGUGCAUUCGGUUGGACCUUGAAUUCAACAAGGACGGAGAUGUCGCUUGUAGAGAUUAUAUUCGUGAUGGUCUGGCUGAUUCCGAGUCUGUAAUAUACCAACUAAGCACGUAUCUGGACAUUCUAUUGUGUGACAAUGAUGCCAAAGUUUUAAGUGUAUCGAUUGAAAUAUACUAUGAAGUGUUCAAUGGAUUCUACGAUCUACUACACAAUAAAGUCGGGAAUAUAAUCAGCCACUUGAAGGAGUUAGACAGCUUUGCCAUUGUGAACAUAUUGGAUAUUCUGACGGAAUACAUACAGUUGUUUUACUCCAAAUUUGACAGAAUUGAUGAAUCGCCAAAUGAGAUAAAGAAACUGUAUGACCAAUUAGAGGACCUGGUUAAAUAUGAAAUGAAUGCCAAUGUUAUACUUUCGAUCAUCCGGAUUAUGACAGCGGUGUUUCGGAACAACCUACCUAACAUGAACAAGAUCGCCAUGAAGCUGAUCCAGAGGGAUUAUGAUGCCGCCAUCAAUGAAGAAUCGAAGAUCUUAUAUGGCUUAGAAUGUAUUGAAUAUUUAAUUGACGAGGGGCACAUUGAAAUCAGAGACUCUCAAUUAUCGCAUUUUUAUCCGUUAGUGAAAGACCCUAUCACUAUAUUUGAGGGCAAGGUUCGGAUAUUAUACAAAGUCGUGAAGGAUACCAACUAUCAAAAAAUAAUUGGCGAAUUGGAAGACCUGAUCUGCAUGUCAACAAACGAGAGGAAAACCAAACUUGCAAUCAAGUAUUUGAACAAGUUGAUAACUCCGCAAUAUGGCGAUUUGAUCAUACGGUUCUACCUGGGACAUUUAAAGGAAAACGAGGAAUACACCAAUGGGUUGAUCAACUAUAUCCAGCAGGACAUUGCAGGCCAUGUGGACCUAUUGAUCAAGUUGGUUGGCGAGCUCUUUGAGUUUAAUGAUGACAUUAAGGCGUCUAUUAUCUGGUUAUUGGGUGAAUUUGUCAUGAAUGUCGAUGAAUACGAGCAGAAUGAGAAGGUGACUACAUUGAAGAAUUACUUGGGGAAUCUCUCUAUUCGCCUGAUCAGUGCCUUCAAGGGUUACCCUUGCAGGCUUAAGGUUGGUAUCUUGAACUUUGUUUCGAAGCUGCAGAUCCACAACAUUGUCAAGGAUGAAGGUGGGUAUCUCGAGAGUGAUUUGUUUCGGGUGUAUACAUAUUUAGUUGAGCUCUGUGAGGUUGACGUGUCGAUUAAAGUCCGGGAGGCAGUGAGGCAGUGGAAGUUUUUGCUUCCCUUCAGGAGUGGCUACUAUGAGAACGAGAGGAAGCUCAAGAACAUGCAGCUCUCUGUGUUGAUGUACCAGACGGAGAAGCGGUUCCAGAUGGCGGGUGUGGAGGCCGAGAGCCAUGUGAAGAAGUACAUGCAGACCACUUCUGAUCGGUUGGAUCCGGAGUACCUUGCGUAUUAUGAGGAGUUGAGGAGCAGUGGAUUUGAGCUGAGAGACUACGGAAGAUACACCAGCAGUUAUACAUCUGGUGGAGCCAAGGAGAGCACGGGAAUGGCCAGCGCCACGACCAAGAGACACGUUGUUGCUGACAGGCCAAAGUACCAGUUGCAGUCGCUUGAAGACUUUCUAGGCUCAUGA